AUUGGCUGUUGGCAGCCCGGCCUCCCGGAAGUGCGGACAUUGCCCUGGGCGUCUUGGUGGUGGUGAGUGAGGUUUCGGGAGUUGGGGCUCGCGCGGCGGGUGUCUGUCAGUGGAGCUGUUCGGCGGCUUGACGUCCCCAGACGCUGUGCGUUGCGCCGGUGCACCCCAGGAAUUAGGUAGCCCAGUUGCCUUGCGUUUCUGCACCGCUCUCCGUCCGUGGACCUCGGUGUCCCCUCCUCGCUUCCCUCGCGGCUUUCCUCCCUUCGGUCCCGCACGUUUCAGAGCUCCAGCCUGGGACGAUGGUGUGCAUUCCUUGCAUUGUCAUUCCAGUCCUGCUCUGGAUCUUCAAAAAGUUCCUGGAGCCAUACAUAUACCCUGUGGUCAGUCGCAUAUGGCCUAAAAAACCUAUCCAGCAAUCCGGGGAUAAGAAUAAGAGCGAUUUAGACUGCAAGGGUGCAGGUACAAAUGGAUUACCCACAAAAGGACCAACAGAAGUCCCUGAUAAAAAGAAAGACUAGCGCGGUUCUCCCGAAGGCCCUUGGCUGUUUGCAAAUGGACCUGAUAUGAAGCUGCCUUUGUCUCUGACCUUUUUUCUCUGAGACCAGGAAUCUAGAUAAUAGUUUAGCUUCUGCCUGAUACUGAUCAGGGAGCACAUGGUGUUUAUAUUUAAAAUUCCAGUAGUUAUAUUUAAUGAUCUCACCCCUGAGGGUUUUUUUUUUUCAUUAAAGUAGCUUUCAUUUCUAUUAUUCCAAUUUACUAACAUGAACAAAUAGAAGGUCCGUGUGAGCAGACGCUCAGAACCAAGCCCUUGUCCCUUCGAGUUCUUUCUUAGGAGUCUGCUGUUUUCACUUCUGUGGGCUCCUGUACCUCAAGUGGGAUGAGUCUUAGUGCGAAACAGUGCGGCCCUCGGUGGGAUGCGAUGGAAAGAUGUGAUCACUGCAGGCGCAGUGGCGAGUGGACAGCCGACUGAGAACAGCUCCAGGGAAGCUGGAAAGGGGGGAGGGGAGCUUCUUUGAAAACUGUAACAUCAGCAUCGUUGUCAGUCACACAACGUAAUUCUCUGUACUUGUAGUCCUGACAAUGUAGUAAACAUCCAUUUAACUUGUG